AUGAGGAGCCGCCCGCUGCUGGCCGCGCUGCUCGCCCUGGCGCUGCCGCUCGCCCUCGCCCGCCGCCCCCCGGCCGCCGCCCCCGCACAGGGGAUUCCCGUCCCGGAGCCGCUGUCCCGCAGAUCCGCCUACGCCGUGCUGCUGCAGCUGCUGCGGGAGGAGGACGCGGGGGAGGGCGGGGGGACGGCGGAGGGUCGCUCCGGCCGCUCCCGCCCCGCCGCUGCCGUUCAGGCGCUCCGCUCUCUCGCAGCUCCCCCCGCGGCCGCGGCUCCGCUGAAGCGGGACAUGCACGACUUCUUCGUGGGGCUCAUGGGGAAGCGGGCGGCGGAGCCGGUGGGGCGAGGCGGCGGCGGCCCGGCCCCCCGCUGCUCCCCGGGGCCCUCCGCCGCCGGUGCGGCCCCGCCGGGGAAGCCGUGAGCCGAACCGGUGGGGUUGGACGGGGCGCGUCCCGCCGUCCCCACCCUCAAUCACCGCCCCGGGACGAGCCCCGACCCCGGCCCCGACCCCGGCCCCGACCCCGGCCCCGGCCCCGGCCCCGGCGGCUGCGGUACCGGCUGCGGGGGCUUCCCGGUGGCUUCGCUGCCCACGGACCCCGGAGCUGUCGUGGGCCCUCGCACGCGUGUCCCUGCAGCCAACACCUCCAGCUGUGCCUGUCCGUGCACCCGUGUACAUACACCUGUACGUGGACACCCCAAAACAUCCACCCGCGACCGUGCGGGACACGCGCCAAAA